ACCAAAAUGAUACCAAUAUUAUCGAAACUAAGUGGCUAUUAUAGUACCUAUGUACUGGCCAUUUUAACAAUUGGUUAUAUCUUGGGUGAACUGGGACAUUAUUUAAUUGGUGUCACUUCGAAACAGACGGCCAUUGAUUUGGAAUAUGGUGAUAUAUCCUGCCAACAGAAUAAUACAAUGUUCACUAGGGCCGAAGUGACCGAGCAAUGUUCGGCUAUUCAAAAUGAAACAAGCUGUCACGCUUUAGAGCACAAUGGCACAACAUAUUGUGAAUGGAAUCGUAAUGGCUUGGGUAUUGAAUAUCAGAUAUUGGCUGGACCAACGUUCAUUUUGAUCUUUACCAUUGCUGGUGUUUUUAUGGGUGUGGCUGCUGAUCGUUACAAUCGUGUUAAAAUGUUGACCGUCUGUACUUUCGUUUUUGCGGUGGCUAUCAUUUUACAGGGUACGGUUAAGGAGUACUGGCAAUUGGUGUUGCUGAGAAUGAUUAUGGCUGCGGGUGAAUCUGGUUGCAAUCCCUUGGCUACUGGUAUUAUGUCCGACAUAUUCCCUGAGGAUAAAAGAGCCUUGGUUAUGGCCAUUUUCAAUUGGGGUAUUUAUGGUGGUUAUGGCAUUGCCUUCCCCGUGGGCCGCUACAUUACUCAAGCCAAUUUCUUUGAUCUGGGCUGGCGGGUCUGCUAUUUGGGCGCUGGCGUCUUGGCAGUUAUUGUGGCCAUUUUGACUGGCACAACCCUCAAAGAACCCGAACGCAAAUCAAUUUCUGACGACUCGAUGACAGUUAAGGAUGGCAAGAAGGCCAAUCUGUGGUCAGUGUUGAAAAAUCCCGCCAUGAUUAUGCUAAUGAUUGCCGCCUCCAUCAGACAUUGCGGUGGCAUGACAUUUGCCUACAAUGCCGAUUUGUAUUACAAUCAAUAUUUCCCUGACACCGAUUUGGGUUGGUGGCUGUUCGCUGUGACAAUUGGCAUUGGCAGUAUUGGUGUGGUGGUCGGCGGUGUCGUGUCCGAUAAGAUUGUUGCCAAAAUGGGCAUACGAUCAAGAGCAUUUGUCUUGGCCAUAAGUCAAUUGAUUGCCACGCUGCCAGCCUUUGGUUCGGUGUUCUUUGAACCGUUGUGGGCCAUGAUUACAUUGGGUGGUUCGUACUUCUUUGCUGAAAUGUGGUUCGGCAUUGUGUUUGCCAUUGUUGUGGAAAUUGUGCCGUUGCAUGUGCGCUCCUCGACCAUUGGUGUGUUCUUGUUUGUCAUGAACAACAUUGGUGGUAAUUUGCCAAUUUUGGUUGAUCCCGUGGCAAAGGCCAUUGGCUACAGAGGCUCCAUUAUGAUAUUCUAUGCUGGCAUGUAUGGCAUAAGUUCCAUUCUCUUCCUCAUCACUUGUUUCCUAUUGGAAGGUAAACCCAAAACCUCAGACACUGAAAAAGGUGAAAAUCCCGGCAUGGAAGUCCACACACGUAACGUCCAGGGCCAUGAUAAUUCCGUGUUCACAGCCGAUGAACCACCAGCAUACAAUGGCAUCAACAAGAAACCCUCAGCCUUAACGAAUAAUUUGCAAAACGUUACCGGUUACAAAGCUCAGAUCCAUGAGAGUAGUAGACUGUAGUGUUAUGACAAAU